AUGGCGACCCCACUUCCCCCUGCCAGGGCCUGUGCACAGGUGAGAGCCAGAGUGCGAUGGCGACUGUCUCCGCCCAUCAACCUGAACCUCCCAGGAGGUGGGGUGGUCAUGUCAGGGGUCCGGGGCCUCUCGCCGCUGCGCAGGAACCCCGGCUCCUGGCCUGGCUCUGGUGGCAGGACCAACACGGUGCAGCAUGACAGGCUGGGGGCUGACCCCCUGGCCAGGGCGCUUCGGGAGCUGGGCCCGCAGAUGCCGGACAUACAGACCUGCAACAAGGCUCGCUUCUGGCCCGGCAACAUCACUCCCUGCAAGGUGCAGGAGCACCAGUGGGGAGGGCUGGGGCAGCCUGGCCUGGCAGCAGGACAUCAGCCCGUGGCGGGGGCCCACCGGACAAGCUCCCUAUUUUCCCUUCUCUGGGUGGUCCUGGAGGUGGACACUAGCAUUAGCCCAUUUCUCAGAUCUGGGAACAGGAAGGAGCAGCAAAGCGCGUCAGAAGGGCAUGAGGAAGGAUGUGGGGAGUCAUGGGACAGGCCCCUGUGGCCCUGGGGGCUGGGUCUGUGCCCUGGAGUCAGGGCCCCUCCAGCGGGCACAGGGGGUGACCUGUGUUCUGUAGCUUCCGGCAGGGAACUCAGGGGGGCCCUGGUGUAGGGCAGAGGUCGGCUGGCUAGAGUCCUGUCCUUCGGCUCUAAGGUCAAACCUCCCAAGCCCCUGCUCUGGCCCCUCGUGUCCUGUCUCAGUGAGGUCACCAGCCACUGUGGCCCCAGCCUCAGACCUGGCACCCCGGGGACGACCCUACUCCCUUGCCUGGCAGAACCCUCCCCUGCAGGGUGGUGGGGGCGGGGGGGAAGGAUUGUAAUAAACCAUAUGGGCCUGUGUGGACUCCGACCCCACUUCUGUUCCACACGGGCCAGUUUCCCUACUGAUGAAGCAGGUUGCACUUUUAAGACUGUUCGUGGAGUCCAGCUAAAGUCAAGGACCAGCUUCGCCCAAGGCAGGCUCCAGGAAGGGGCCCCAGGGACCCGGGCAGAGGUGCGUCAGCCGGCGCUGGGCCCGGGGCAGCCGCUGCAUUGUGCAGGCCUGCAGGGAGGCGGGGCGCUGGGGCGUGGGGUGUGGAGACAACAGCGAUACUCCAGUAUCAUCUUCUUCCUCUUAUUUUUUUGGUAACAUCUUUAUUGAGAUAGAAUUUACAUGCUUGCUGCCUAAUUCAGGGGGUGUUAGUACAUUCACAGGGUUGUGCAACCAGCACCUCGAGAACAUUCCAUCACCUUAGAAGGAAACCCCGUCUCCAUCAGCUAUCACCUCUCCCCCCUCCCCAGCCCUGGCCCCCACGAGCCCCCUUCCCGUCCGCAGAUGAGCCUGUUCUGUGCGUGUCACCCACGUGGACUCACCCCGCGUGGCCUUCCGUGUCCGGGUCCCUCCCUGAGCGUCCCCGCCCCCAUCAACGGUCACUCCCCACCUUCUCCCCCGCCCCCCACCCCCCGAGCCCCCUUCCCGUCCGCGGAUGAGCCUGUUCUGGACGUGUCACCCACAUGGACUCACACCCUGCGUGGCCUUCCGUGUCUGGCUCCCUCCCUGAGCGUCCCCGCCCCCAUCAACGGUCACU